AUGAGCACCGGCGGGAGUUUUUUUUGGGCGCGAAAUCGCCGUGAAAAGCUCAAGUUGAAGGGAAUAGUCGUGGCUUUCGCUUGGAUUUCGGUCGGCGAUGCUCAAUUGAAGGACUUCACCGACCUCUGCUCUUCGCUCGGAUGGAAUUCUCUUGUUUGCCGCGCCGAUUAUCUUAAUCCAUUCAUCCCCGAGAGAGCUACAUCACUUGCCUUUUCUGUCAUCGGUGAGCUUAUCAAGGAGCUUAGAUGUGGAUUAUGUCCUGUAGUUCUCGUAUCCUUUUCUGGUGGUUCUAAAGCGUGCAUGUAUAAGGUUCUCCAGAUCAUUGAAGGAUGUUCGGAUUUGGAGCUCUGUCUGGAGGACAAUAGGUUACUUGCCAGUUGCAUCGCAGGACAGAUUUAUGAUUCUGAUCCUAUAGACUUUACUUCUGAUUUGGGUGCCCGGUUUGCCCUGCACCGCUCUAUCGUCAAAUUGCCGGGAUCAUCAAAGCUGGUUUCGUUGUUUGCAAAAGGGGUCACCUCAAGCUUGGAUGCUCUAUUUAUCACCAGAUUUGGAUCCCAACGUGCAGAUUACUGGCAGACCCUUUAUUCCUCGGUUGGUUUGGGAGCCCCGUUUCUUAUUUUAUGUUCAGAAAAUGAUGAGGUGGCUCCACGCUCAACCCUGACCAAAUUUGCUCAGCAUUUACAGGAUAUAGGCGGUUAUGUAAAAGUUGUGACGUGCAGUGCAGGUCAUAUCAAGCAUCAUUCAAUACAGUAUACAGCUGCUAUAACUGAGUUUCUUGAGCAGUCAACUUCAUUUUUCUCCGAGAAAUUACGGAGUAUGGGGGAAAAGUCAUGCAUGGACGGCAUGCAUGAUGAAAUUUCUGAUUUGAUAUGUGAUCUCCAGAAUGCGGCAGUUGACUCGAAUCAGAGCUUCAGAAGAGUGGCGGUCGGGCCAAACGAUCACUUUUUCCUGCCAAGCUCAUCAUAUUACCAUAACGAUGGGAAAGAAUUCGGCUCUAUACAACAAGAAAGAAAAGAAAGGUCACCUAAUCAUUCAAGACCUCCUUGUAUGAGUGCAAAUAGUAUCCUCGGCCAAGCGCUUUUUGAUGCAUGUGUUCCGAAAAAUGUGGAGGGUUGGGAUAUUAAGUUCUCCGGGUCAUUGAACGGGGAGCCGUUUGCUUCUGUUCGCAAGAGGUCACCUUUUAGAGGUAUUAAGCUUAAAUCAAGAUUAUGA